AUGGCUGUAAAAGUAGAUACAGGAAAAGUGGAAUUGGGAGCCGUCUCUGCUUACGCGACCCAGGCGGGCUGUAGUGAAGAAGAGAAGGCAAGCUUUUGGGAGGAUCUGGAGCAGUACGUCCAAUCCCUGGAAAGCGAAGAAAUACUUUUAAUCGGAGGAGACUACAACGGACAUGUCGGUUCUCUGAAAGACGGGUUCGAGAGUUGUCAUGGUGGAUACGGCUAUGGAGCUCGUAACGACGACGGGUUGCGAAUCCUGGAGUAUGCUGUUGCAAGUGACUUGAUCAUUGCUAACACGCAGUAUUGGAAAAGAAAAUCGCAUUUAAUCACGUACAUCAGCGGCGGUCGUGAAACACAAAUAGAUUUCUGGAUGUUACGCCGACAAGAUCGCCGACUUCUGCAGGAUUGCUGCCCAAGACCAUCUGCUCGUUACGGACAUGAAAAUCUCCCGUCAAAGGAAGAAACAUCCAAGGAACACAGCGCAUCAAAUGGUGGAAUCUGA